AUGCCCCCUCCACAGCGCAAACCGGUCAAUGCCAACACCCAUAUACGCUCCCACUCCCAGCCCCAACCGCCAGCAGCAGCACGCACCCGCGCAGUGCAGCCCCGAGCACCACCGCAAAUGCAAUACCAACCCGCACAUCAUGCUUCCCACGCCCCCAUCUAUCACCCACAGCCUCACCAGGCCCCUCGACCCGUCUCCCUCCCGGUGCAGCCCCGCGGCGCCCAGCAUCACCAUAAUCCUCCACAGCGAGCACCACCCCAACCCCAGCGCCAGGCAAAUAACUCCGCCCAAAUAGCCCAAUCCAUGCAGAAGCAGCUAAACGCGCAGUCCGCGGCACAGAAAAAACAACUCGCGCAGCAAGCCGAGAAAACACGCAAGGAGAUAGCCAAACAGACCGCAGCGCAGCAGAAGAAUCUAGCGAAGCAGAACGAAAGGGCGCAUAAAGACGCAGCGAAGCACAAUGCCGCUAUGCAGAAGCAGUAUGAGCGGGACCGGGCUGCGAUGGAGAGACGUGAGGAUAGGCGCGAGCGACAGAUGGGGCUUGAGAUGGAGGAGAUGAGGUAUAUGAAUGAUAUGCAGAGGCAGGAGUAUCAGAAUUAUAUGUGGCAGCAGCAGCAGCAAGAGCAGAUGAUGAUGGCUCAGCAGCAGCAGCAGCAGGACCAGAGGGAUGAGCAUCGGAGGGAUCUGGCUGGUGUUGCGGCUGGUGCUGCGGCCGGGGCGGCGUUGGGUGCUGGUGCUGGAUUUGCAUGGGAGCGUUGGCGGGAGGAGCAGGAGCAGCAGCAGGUUGAGGAUGUCUCGAGUGAGGAUGAGUCGGAGCCUAGCAGGGGAUACAGUCCGGAGCCAGAGCCGGAGCCCUACGUUUCGCCUGCAAUGCCAUCACAGGGGGGAGAUGAGGAUGAGUGCUGUGACUGUGACUGCGAUUGCUGUGAUGAUUGUGGUGACUGCGGUUGCUUCGGUUGCUGUGAUGAUGACAAUGAGAGCUGCUGCUGA